CCAAGCUGCACCGGGACCUGGCGAGGCCGCGGACGCCCCGGGCCCUGGAUGCUGCUGCUGGGGACCCUCUGCUGAGGCUGCACUUUGGGCUCUGCUGGGCCCCAGGUCCCGCCGCCCCUUCUUUCCUGUUUGUGUUAAUCCCUCUAAACAAAGUCAAACAUUAGCCCAGGGAGCAGAUUAAGCCUUAUAUAAACCCUCCUGGGGGGCAGACAAACACUUUGUUCCCGAAAGAGGCAGAGGAGGGAGCGCGGCCGCCUGCCCAGCCCGGAGCCCAGAGGAGCGGCCCGAGAAUCUCGGGGCGCCCCAGGCAGGGGAAACUGAGGCACGGAAGGGCGAGCAGACGAUGCCCGCAGAGCCGCUCUGAGCUGCUCCCGGAGAGGCCCCCCCCAGCCCUGCCCCCGCAGCCUCCGCAUCCCAGCGCAAGCGGCCCCGCCGGCCUCGCCCCCGCGUCCCAGGGAGGGGCCGGGCCUCCCCCGUGAGCCCUUCCCAGCCUCGCCCCUCACCCCCCCAGGUCCCCCCGGCGGCCCCCAGGAAGCCCCCGGCAUCCUCCGCGCGCUGGCACCAUGAGCUUCUCGGAGAUCCUGGACCGGGUGGGCAGCCUGGGCCCCUUCCAGGUGCUGCACGUGCUCCUGCUCUCGCUGCCCGUGCUCUUCAUGGCCAGCCACAACCUGCUGCAGAUCUUCACGGCCGCCACGCCGGCGCAUCACUGCGUGCCGGCGCCCAACGCCUCCUCCCCGGCGCUGCCCCUCGGGCCCCACGGGGCGCCCGACCGCUGCCGCAGGUACAGCCCCGUCCCGGGCCCCGGGAACGCCACCCUCCCCAACGGCACCUGGGGCCCCACCGAGCCCUGCCUGGACGGCUGGGUCUACGACAGGACUCUCUUCGCCUCCACCAUCGUGACCGAGUGGGAUCUGGUGUGCGACCUGCGGCAGCUGAAGGAGAUGGCCCAGUCCUUGUACAUGGCUGGCAUCCUGAUUGGAGGAAUUGUGUUCGGGAGCUUGUCAGACAGGUUUGGCCGGAAGCCCAUCCUGACCCUGUCCUACCUGCUGCUGGCCGUCAGCGGCACCUGCUCGGCCUUCUCGCCCAACCUCCUGACCUAUGCCAUCUUCCGCUUCUUGACUGGCUGUAGCCUCUCGGGCAUCACGCUCAGCACCGUGAUCUUGUGCGUCGAGUGGGUGCCGACCCAUGUCCGGGCCAUCCAGUCGACAUUCACCGGCUACUGCUACACUUUUGGCCAGUUCAUCCUCCCCGGCCUGGCAUACAGCGUCACCGAGUGGCGCUGGCUGCAGUUCAUCGUGUCUACCCCGUUCUACAUCUUCUUCCUUUCCUCCUGGUGGGUGGCUGAGUCUGUGCGGUGGCUGGUCCUGUCCGGGAAGUCCUCAAGGGCCCUGAAGGAGCUCCGGAGGGUAGCGGCCUUCAACGGCAGGAAGGAGGACGGCGACAAGCUCAGCCUGGAGGAACUGAAACUCAACCUCCACAAGGAGAUCUCCUUGGGGAAAACUUCCUACAGCGUGAUGAACCUCUUCCAGAAUCCCAUCCUGCGCCGGAUAUCUUGCUGCAUCUGUAUCAUUUGGUUCGCCACAGGAUUCGCCUACUACAGCCUGGCCAUGGGCGUGGAGGACUUCGGAGUCAACAUCUACAUGCUCCAGAUCAUCUUCGGCGGCGUCGACGUCCCGGCCAAGUUCAUCUCUGUCCUGUGCCUGAGCUACGUGGGCCGCCGGAUCACCCAGGGCACUUGCCUCCUGCUGGCGGGCACUGCCAUCCUUGCCAACAUCUUCGUGCCCUCAGACAUGUCAGUAAUGAGGACCAGCCUCGCUGUCUUUGGGAAGGGCUGUCUUUCCAGCUCCUAUAACUGUCUCUUCUUGUACACCAGCGAGCUGUAUCCCACAGUCAUCCGCCAAAGAGGAAUGGGCCUGGGCAACCUGUGCACCCGUGUGGGCAGCAUGAUAGCCCCCCUGGUGAAGAUCACAGGAGAGGUGCUGCCUUUCAUCCCAGCCGUCAUCUACGGGGUCAUCCCCAUCCUGGGGGGUGUUGCUGCCUUCUUCUUGCCAGAGACCCUCAACACGGCCCUUCCAGAGACGAUUGAGGAUCUGCAAAGACGGAAAAAGUCAAAUGAAGAGACAGAGGUUCAGAAUGUUCCUCUGCAAUCCUGCGAAUCUGAAAAGGGAACCAGCUGAGAGAAGGGCGAUUGCCAGUCACCUGCUGAGAGGCCCCCUUUCCCUGUCCUCACCAAGGACUAUACUCGACCCCUGGACCCCAGCCGUGACCCUGGCUUCUUAAGGAGAUGGAGCUUCUCUCCCCCAGCAUGGGCGUGGCCUGACCUCUGCCACCGCUCCAUCCCAUCCUCCCCCUCGGCCCUUUGGACAGAGCCCUUCUGGGCCUCCGAGUACCCAGAACCCCCAGGGGCUGGACAAAGGGAGGCAGGAAUUCUCUGCCUUUAUAGGAGUCUCUCGGAUCCUCUGUGUCUGUCCCCACGUACGAGUCUCCUCCCCUCGGCCCCACAUGAGUCGAGGGGACCUCAGAGAGGGACCCUGGCGUCGCCUACAGGAGCGAGCCUGGAGCCGAGGACCUCGUCUGAACUUUGCGUUGGCCGUGGGACAGAUCAGGUCCCAGUUUCUUAGUCUGUCAAAUGAAGAGGCUCGAAUACAUGAGCUCUCCUCUAGCUCUAAAUCUGUGACCCUGUGUGACCUCCCCCCCCGCCCCCCAUGGAUGAGGAAAAGGUUGAGAGUGACAAAGUGAGCGCCCUCAACUAAACCGGGAUUCAAACCCAAGCCCUGUCUCUAAGUCCCUGCCCCGCCCUGCCGGCUCCCUGUGUCCGGCUGCCAGAGGGGCCCGGCCUCCAGCUGCUCGUCCCCCGACUCCCAACCCUGAGCCUUGGCCUGGCUGGUCUUUCGGGAGCCCAGCUCAGACAACUCUCCCAGGCCGCUGCCUUCCCCAGGGCCCCAGCCCCAGUGCCCCCUCCCAGGCCUCGGCAGCAGCACCAGGCCCUGUCCUUUCCCUGGGGUCCCUUCCUUCCCCAGAGCAUUAAAGGUUUACUGAUGACAGGGACCCGGGGGUGGGGUCUGACCAUGUGGAUAUACUGGAAGGAGUGUGUGUGAGAGAGAGACAGAGACAGAGAGAGAGACAGAGAGAGAGACAGACAGAGACAGAGAGAGAGAGAGACAGAGACAGAGAGAGAGAGAGACAGAGACAGAGAGA